UGAAAGGACCAUAUUAGAAUGGCUUAAAAAGUUAGGGUGGAGUUAUAAGAAAUGGAAAAAGAAUAUAUAUGUAGAUGGGCAUGAACAGGAGGACAUAGUACAGUACCGCCAAGAAGUUUUUUUACCUAUGAUGGCUGAAUUAGAACUUCUCCUUAUUGAAUAUGAUAAGAAUGAUUUAAUAUUAGUUAAAAAAAUAUUCCUCUUAAUCAAAAACCGGCCUGGAGGUGAACAAAAAUUACGUCCAAAGGGACGAGACAGAUAUAUUUACGUUAGUGAAUUUUUAUGUAAACCUUUAAGACGUGUUUAUUUAACU